AUUGUAAUUAUACAUAUAUUGAUAUAGAUUUUAUGAAAAUGGAAUCCUUUAAAUUAAAUAAAGGUUUUUUUGACUUGUGUGUAAAUGUAUCGGAAGGAGAGAUAGAUAAUUUGAAUGAUAUUUUAUUGAGAUUAUAUGAAAUGGGUUAUAGAACAGUGGCAUUAAAUCAAACUGUAAAUGAAAGUGCCAUGGAUAGUGAUAAAAAAAAGAAGGAUGAAACUAAGCAAGUAACAAGUGUGGUACCCGAUCCAAUUGAUGUUUCAAAACUGAAUGAAAAAUGGAAAGGAAAACUGAGUAUACUUAAUAGGCUAACAUUUAUUUGUUCAAGUUCUAUAAAAGCGCACACAUUGGCACAAUGUCCAAAUUUAAGAAAAUAUGAUAUAUAUGCUCUUGUCCCAACCAAGCAAGAUAUAUUGGAGUUUGCUUGUCAAACCAUAAAAGUAGAUCUCAUUACGAUAAAGCCAGAAAUUUCUGGCAUAAAAAUAAAUCGAAAAGUAUAUCGACAAGCAAUAGCAAGAGAUCUGUAUUUUGAAAUACAGUACGUAGAUCUUUUGAGACCAGAAACACGUGUAGCAGCUCUUCAUCGUGCUUAUCAAUUACAAAUGAGCCGCGUAAGCAUGAAUAUAAUCAUAUCCAGUGGUGCAAACAAUAGGAAUUUGAUCAGGAGUCCUUACGAUAUCAUAAAUCUUGGAUCUGUGUUGGGUUUGAAACGAGAUAAAAUAAAAUCAGUUAUAUUAAACGAAUGUCAACUUUUUCUUUUAAAAGCAAAAAAGCGGAUAUUUGGCAAGUCAGUGUUUACGAUGGAGAUUGCAAAAAAAUCGGAUGUAAAUGAGGAUGAAGAAACAGAAAAGAAACGAAGAAAAAAGUCUCUAAAUUAGAAAAAUUUAACUUUUAUAU